GCAGCAGCACCUUGAAGAGGAACUGGACAGAGUGGAUCCUUAGUGUAGCAGAGAGAUGGAGAACAGACAGGGUGUCACUCCACCUCUGAUCCUGGCCAUCACAGUUGCUACAAUUGGCUCUUUCCAGUUUGGCUACAAUACUGGAGUCAUUAAUGCUCCUGAGAUGAUCAUAAGGAACUUUCUCAAUUACACUUUGAAUAAUAAAUUAGGAAACCCUCCCUCUGAGAUGGUGCUCACGUCCCUGUGGUCUGUGUGUGUGGCCAUCUUCUCCGUUGGUGGUAUGAUUGGCUCCUUUUCCGUUGGCCUCUUUGUCAACCGCUUUGGCAGGCGCAAUUCAAUGCUGAUUGUCAACCUCUUGGCUGUCACUGGUGGCUGCCUUAUGGCAUUCUCAGAAAUGGCUGUGUCAAUUGAAAUGCUGAUCCUGGGCCGCUUGGUUAUCGGUCUCUUCUGUGGACUCUGCACAGGUUUUGUGCCCAUGUACAUUGGAGAGGUCUCUCCCACUUCCCUGCGGGGUGCCUUUGGCACUCUCAACCAGCUGGGCAUCGUCAUUGGGAUUCUGGUGGCCCAGAUCUUUGGUCUGGAAGCCAUCUUGGGGACUGAAGAACUAUGGCCCGUACUUUUGGGCUUUACCAUUCUUCCUGCUGUCCUACAAAGUGUGUUCCUUCCAUUUUGUCCUGAAAGUCCUAGAUUCUUGCUCAUUAACAGAAUGGAAGAGGAGAAGGCUAAGCGGGUCCUCCAGCAGUUGUGGGGAACCCACGAUGUGUCGCAGGACAUCCAAGAGAUGAAGGACGAGAGUGUCCGGAUGGCACAAGAAAAGCAAGUGACGGUGCUCGAGCUCUUCAGAGUCCCCAGCUACCAACAGCCCAUCAUCAUCUCCAUCAUCCUCCAGCUGUCUCAGCAGCUCUCUGGAAUCAACGCUGUGUUCUAUUAUUCAACAGGAAUCUUUAAGGAUGCAGGUGUUCAGGAGCCAAUCUAUGCCACCAUCGGUGCGGGUGUGGUUAAUACUAUCUUCACUGUAGUUUCUCUGUUUCUGGUGGAGAAAGCAGGCAGAAGGACUCUACAUAUGAUAGGCCUUGGAGGGAUGGCUUUUUGUUCUCUCCUCAUGACUGUUUCUUUACUACUAAAGGAUGAGUAUGAUUGGAUGAGCUAUGUCUGCAUUGGGGCUAUCUUGGUCUUUGUGGCCUUCUUUGAAAUUGGACCAGGCCCCAUUCCCUGGUUUAUUGUGGCCGAACUCUUCAGCCAGGGGCCCCGCCCAGCUGCAGUGGCUGUGGCCGGCUGCUCCAACUGGACCUCCAACUUCCUAGUUGGCUUGAUCUUCCCCUCUGCUGCAUACUAUUUAGGAGCCUACGUGUUUAUUAUCUUCACUGGCUUCCUCCUCAUCUUCUUGGCCUUCACCUUCUUCAAAGUCCCUGAGACCCGUGGCCGGACUUUUGAGGAAAUCACACAGGUCUUUGAAAGACAGACCCAGGAGGCCAGAGGAUACGGGAGAAGCCCCACCCUGGAGAUGCAUCCCUUCCAGCCUGAGAAAGAAUCCACCCCUGGCAUCUAAACCUGCCUCUCACCCCCUCCCUCCCCG